CAUCUAGAGGGGGCAAGGAUAAAGGUACUACGAGCUGACCUGAAUCGUGCAGUGUUUGUGCAGCUUCAUUCACGAGGGAAUCUCGCGUGAAUUUUCUAAUCUUUUGCAUUACUUCACCUGCGAAUAAUAAUAAAUAGCGGCGUUACUCGCGACCGAGGCGUUUGGGCGAGAUCUCGAAGAGGUUUAUCGCGCGCGUUGCCGAGCUGACACGUAAGCAAGGAUCUCCAGUGACGGAUAAAAUACCCGAGACGAAAGGAUGAGCAAGCAGUACACGAGGAGCGAGGUCGCGAACAAUACCGACAAGGAAUCAACCUUGAUAAUCCUGCACGACAAGGUGUACAACGUAUACAGCUUCCUGAAUGAACAUCCCGGAGGUGAGGAGAUCCUGUUGGAACACCAGGGCAAAGACGCUUCCGAGGAUUUCGACGAUGUGGGCCAUUCGAAGGACGCGUUCGAUCUGAUGCAGAAAUUCCAAGUCGGCGAAAUCGUCGAGGCUGAAAAAUCGCACACGAAACCGAAACAGAACUGGGGAUCGGCGAGCAUCACGAAGCCAGACAAAAAUCAAGAAAUAUCUCCGUUGUGGGUGAUUGGCGGCACCGUUGCCCUGGCUGCCAUUGCGUACUUUCUUUAUAUGUAACCGUUCACUGCCGAUCACGCUAUAACGCGUGCUCUAAUAUUAUCGAUAAAUUGCCGCUCGCGCGAUAUCGCGUGAUACAUCGUUCAAUUUGAGCAAUGCCGCUGGUACCGUUUCCAGGAGCGAUAUUGCGAGACGCGGUACGAUCACGCGGUAUCGCGUGUGACUCUGGAACUUAAACGCUACGGCGCACAGCGACGACUCGCUUCUCGGGUCCGGUGGUUCAAUCGAAUCUAGCGUUCAGAUUAACCCUUUCAACGUAUCUACUUAUGUGAAUUUAUAAAUUAUAAAUAUACAUUUACCGUAGUACCAUUCUUAUGGAAAAAAUUGACGUUGAAAGGGUUAAAAAGCAAAUAUGCAAGAAAGCAUACAGGUAUUUUGAUUUUUCUGCCUGCCGUUCCUACCAAAUUUUCCAGGAAUAUCGUAGAAUAAUUUCGCGACUCGAUCGAUUCUCAUUAACAUUUAUAAUCGACAAUUUGUUAUUAAAUGUAAAACAAACAGGAAGAUGUUCUUGUACGCGGAAGGCAUAAAUAUUGUAACGAGGGUCAAAUACAGUUCAAGAUCGACGAGUCACGAUGCUAUUUAAUGACUGCGUCAGACGUUUUACGGUCUGUUAUAUUCAUAUGCGAUGAUUUAGAGAAAUAAAUGCACUUUUUACGUUUACGUUUCAUUUGA